AUGUCGGAGAACAUUGAUCUGGUGCUUGAGUUCCUGCGGAAGAACCGGUUUGCCAAGGCAGAGGCAGCUCUCCGUGGGGAGCUCACCGGCCGCGCCGAUUCGAACGGCGUGGCCACGCAGAGGCGUGUCACUGAGCUGAAAGAAGACGAGGAGCAGGAGGACCUGGUGGGCUCCAAUGUAGGGCCCAAGGGUGCUGCGACGGCGAGGAGUGCGGACUCAUCCAGGGAGUUCAUAGUGAAGGAGAUUGAUGUUGGAGCCCUGCCGAACGGUUCGGAUGGAAAGAAGGGCUCUGGGAUUGGCCAGCCUCAGGAGAACAACGUGGGGGAUCUGUAUCCUUGGACCUUCAGCAUUGCAAACAGCACUGCUGAACAGCUAGCUGAGCUGCUGGUGUCAGAAGAGGUGCCAAGGCAUAGGCGUGGUGCGAUGCUGGCAGAGAAGAGGGAUCGAGGUGUUGGGACAGAACAGCCUGUCCCAGUGUUGGAGCAAAAAGUCUCUUUUGGAAGAGGGAAGGGAAAAGUCGAUGCUGCUGGGAGGACUGAAAUCAAUGAACAAGGUCAUUCCAGGGAUAAAAAUCUAGUACCAGAAAAAGAGGAGAUGUUGAAUGGUUGCACAGUUAAGACAGUGCUUCCAUUCCCUGCGGAAAACCCAUCAUCUAGUUACAAUAGCACGCACCAUGAAAAUGAGAGGAAAGAAGUAAAGAGGAGCACUAAUGGAGAUGGUGUUGGAAAAGGUGCAAAAGGACAGCUUGAUGAGGGGAACAGGCAAUAUUACUUCGAAAAAUCCCUAGAUACAGAUCAGGUGUCUGACCGAUGCUUCGAUUUACAGCUUGUUGGAGAUAAUCAGCGUGAGGAGCUUCCGAAGUUACCUCCUGUGAGGCUCAAGUCUGAAGAUAAGCUAGUCAACAUGAACUGGGAGGAAAAGAUCAAUCACCAUGGAUCUGGAGCCAAGCAGUCUAGUGUUGAUCAUGCCUUUAUGAUUGGCUCUUAUCUUGAUGUUCCCAUUGGGCAAGAAAUAACAUCUUCAGGUGGAAGACGUACAAUUGGCAGUAGUUGGUUGUCUGUCAGUCAAGGUAUUGCAGAAGAUACCUCUGAUCUGGUAUCUGGUUUUGCAACACUUGGUGAUGAUUCACUUGAAUAUCCAAUUGGUGAAUACUGGGAUUCCGAUGAGUAUGAUGACGACGAUGAUGUUGGCUACACCCGACAGCCAAUUGAGGAUGAAACCUGGUUUUUAGCACAUGAGAUUGAUUAUCCUAGCGACAAUGAGAAGGCAACUGGCCACACAAGAGGGACUGAUCGUCAUGAUCGCCCUACAAAGGAUGAAGAUGAUGACCAGUCAUUUGUUGAGGAAGAUUCCUACAUAUCUGGUGAGCAAUAUUUUCAUGGAAAGAAUAUUGCACAAAUAGGUACAUCUGAGGGUCCAAUGGGCCAUGGGAUUCCUGAUAAUGAUAUGAUAGCUCAGUAUGAUGGCCAACUUUUAGAUCCUGAAGAGCUUAAUUUGAUGCAUUCUGAACCAGCCUGGCAGGGCUUUGUAUCGCAGAACAGUGAACUAGGUAUGUUAGGGAAUGGGAAAUUCCUUAAUGAUUCGGAACGACCUCAUCCUGAUGACCCUUUUGUGGAGGAUGAUCAGCAUGGCUCUGUUAGGUCAAUUGGUGUUGGGAUAAGCAGUGAUGCUGCUGACAUUGGCAGUGAGGUGCGAGAAAGUCUGAUUGGAGGUAGCAGUGAAGGGGAUAUUGAAUACUUCAAUGAAAGCAGCUUGAGCAUUAGUGGAAAAAGACAUUCUCAGCAGGAUACUGAAAAGAAGAGAGUAGGUGCUAAAGGAGUAAAACAUGACCAAAUCAUUUAUGCUGAGAAGGGCAAUCUACCACUAGGAGCGGCUGAUGGUGGAUUUUCUUUUCCUCCACCUUUGCAUUCUGGGAAAAUUCAUGACUCUGAUGCUAAACAACCUUUGUGGUCAAAGAAGGAUGAAAUGUAUUGCAUUAACGAUCCUGAUGACUGUCAAAAUGGCAUGGUAUCAGAUGAUAUGCUUGCCACAUGGAGGAAAAAGAACAGUGAGUCUUCUCUAAGGAGCUCUAGAGAUGAAAUGACAUCCGAUGUUGUUAGAUCAAGAAAUUCAAGUGCAUCAUAUGACGAAACAGAGGACACAACGAAUGUUCGGCAACACAAACUAGAUGACGCACAAGAAGAAGACACUGGAACCAACUUGGAUGAUGAGGAAGCAGCAGCAUUGCAAGAACAAGUCAGGCAGAUAAAGGCACAGGAGGAAGAGUUUGAAACGUUCAAUCUUAAGAUUGUGCAUAGAAAAAACAGAACUGGUUUUGAAGAAGACAAAAAUUUCCAUGUUGUUCUCAAUUCUGUCAUUGCGGGGCGUUAUCAUGUAUCAGAGUAUUUGGGUUCAGCUGCAUUCAGCAAAGCUAUCCAGGCACAUGAUUUGCACACAGGAAUGGAUGUAUGUGUUAAAAUUAUAAAAAAUAACAAAGAUUUUUUCGACCAGAGCCUUGAUGAGAUCAAGCUCCUGAAGUAUGUUAACAAGCAUGAUCCAGCUGACAAGUACCACCUUUUGCGUCUGUAUGAUUACUUCUACUAUCGGGAGCAUUUGCUGAUAGUCUGUGAACUUCUGAAGGCAAACCUGUAUGAGUUUCAGAAAUUUAACAGAGAAUCAGGGGGUGAGGUUUACUUCACAAUGCCAAGACUGCAGUCAAUAGCUAUUCAAUGUCUGGAGGCGCUGCAGUUUCUGCAUGGUCUUGGUUUAAUCCACUGUGAUUUAAAGCCAGAAAACAUAUUGGUAAAGAGCUACAGCAGAUGUGAAAUAAAAGUAAUUGAUCUUGGGAGCAGCUGCUUUGAGACAGAUCAUCUAUGUUCAUAUGUGCAAUCACGAUCUUACCGUGCACCUGAGGUUAUACUGGGCUUGCCUUAUGACAAAAAGAUAGAUAUAUGGUCACUUGGUUGUAUAUUAGCGGAACUUUGCACUGGAAAUGUCCUUUUCCAAAAUGAUUCUCCUGCAACAUUACUUGCUCGUGUGAUGGGUAUCAUUGGCUCCAUAGAACAAGCUAUGCUUGCACAGGGACGGGACACCUACAAAUAUUUCACAAAGAACCACAUGUUGUAUGAAAGAAAUCAGGAAAGUAACAGGCUUGAAUACUUGAUUCCGAAAAAGACAUCCUUGCGGCACCGUUUGCCCAUGGCUGAUCAAGGGUUUAUUGAGUUUGUUGCGUACCUUCUAGAGGUGAACCCAAAGAAGCGCCCAAGUGCCUCAGAAGCAUUGAAACAUCCAUGGCUUUCUUUUCCUUAUGAGCCAAUAUCAUCAUGAGGCAAAUUGCAAUUGGAUCCUAGGUGGCUUAACAUUUGUCUCAACACCUAAGCACCAUGAAAUUUUGAUAGAUCAAGACGGAAGAUUUUCUACCACGACUGAGCCAUGGCAUCAACCGAAGUCCAAAAGGCAAAUCCAGAUUCGGUUCGAUCAUGUCUUGGUGCCACAAUCAGCUGGUCUUAGGCGCCAUGUGCAAUCAAUGCAUGCCCUGCGUUGUGCUUGUAAUAUAACUUUGUUUUUCUUUUUUUCAUUUCUAGCCCCGAUGUAACAGGCCAUUUUGGUUUUUUAGGUACUUGAGACGCAUUUCUAGCAAUAGGGCUGUCAUGUUGUACAUGGUGUGAUCAUUGUUGAACCCCGUGCCAUGCUGUGCACUUGUUACGGUUCUAACCCAAGCUCUGAAUGUCGUUCAUUGCACUGCCAGGUCUUUAGGAACUUGCUUACGAGUUUUACCUGCCUUUUCGGAUUGCCAA